UCCAUUUUGCACUAGGAAGUUGACAAUUGGCUGUAUGAAUGACUUUGAUUCUUCGGUGAAAGCGCCUGCACUUGGUGGCAGGGGCGGACCCACGUUGGACUCAGGGGGUUCAGUUGAACCCCCUGAAAAAAAUAAAAUUCCCACUUACCCCCGUGUAUAAUAUUUUUUUGAACCCCCUAAAAAUUUUAAUUUGCACCCAAGACCCACUCACUACUCAGCCCCAGUCCUCAACCUCUUUCUCUCACUACCCUAGGUCAAGCGCGCACACACACACGCACCAUUGCACCACCGGCUACCACCACCGUCCUCCAGUCCACCACGCACUCUGCGCCGCGCCUCUACCUCUCUAUCUCGGCUUCUCCAGUUCUCCUUCUCCCAUACCCAAGGCCAAGACGGCAAGACUGGGAUCGAUGUUGGUAGCCUCGCCUCCGUCGCGGUUGCGAAUGCUUCCGUGUUGAAGCUGGUUGUCAACAAUGGGGAAAAGCUCAACGCGUGGUUGAUUACGAGGCUGGUUCGAAAACGUUGGAGGUUCGUUUGAGCAAAUUGGGUGAACCCAGAUCUGAAGAUCCAAUCGUUUCUCACCGCAUUGAUCUCUUCAACCUCUGGGAUCGCAAACCUGUGUUCGUGGUAAGGAAGUGCUUUCUGUCAUGGGCAAAAGGAGUGUGGGUGCUGUCAUGGUCUUGGGUUUAAAUUACCUGUUCAUGCUUCGUGACUUUAAGGAAGCAAAUGAAGUUGAGGAAGCAACUGAAGAUAUGGAAGCAACUGUAGAUGAGAAAGAGGAAGAUACCGAUGUUGAGGAAGCAACUGAUGAUGAAGAAGUGGAAUCAGAAGAGGAAUCAAAUGAAGAUGAGGAAGCAACUGAAGAUGAGGAAGAGGAAUCAACUGAGGAUGACUAUAUCUAACUGUCCAAAGCAGAAGAAUUUGUAUGCAAUAUUCUCAACCCUUGUUACCUUUUGUUCUUAUUCAUUUGCAUCAUAAAAAUUGAAAAAGCUAAAUGCAGAAUACACUUAGGUGCCUUUACAAUUCCUGACUUAUAUCAUUUAAUGUGAUGUUCGAUGUUUUGGCUUGAAGUUGUGGAGAUACAAUGGAAAGAUGAGAUUAAUUGAAAGGGUUGAGACUAAUCAAGUUGUGAUAUGAAUUGAUCUUGUGUGUAAUGGAUUUAAUCACUUUGUCACAUUGGUCUAGUAUUUAAUAAGGCUUUUUUGUCAUAGUUCCAUGAUAUCCCUAA